AUGAAGUCUUGUGGUGCGGCUGCUCUACCAUCACAACUAAAGUCUGCAUCGCACACAUUAACCACACCGGCAAGCAAAUUGACAACAAGCGCUGCCCUCACUUCCGAAUCAGGGUUGCUGAAGGCAGGCCCGGUUGUAAAAACCUCCGCCGUUGCCCUCGCGAGGAAACCAAACUUUGGACCUUUGAAACCGAUGGAGGUGACACCCUUGUCGACAGGGACAGGAGAGCCAUACUCGAGCAGGCUGGUGCGGAGGGAAAGCAGAACCAGAAAAUCGUUCGGACGAGCGACUGCUGCCAGUGGACACAAUCGUUUAGACGGAUGGCUAUGGCCACCAGAGAUCGGGUGUGAUCUGAAUGAGACAAGCGGUUCUAGUGGUCAAGUCAAGCGCCAGGGUUACAGUAACGAGAAGACUACCGCAAUUAAGAAAUAUGACGGCGAUGGUCCCGAAUUUGAAGAAACACAAGGACGUUCAAAGAGAGCUAGAUAUGAGAACACCGUUGGCCAGGACAUGCACGAUGAAAUUCAGUUGGAAAAGAAAGAAAAUGAACUGUUUGACCUUGACGCAUAUGAGGCUCAGCUAGACAUAUCACGCCUACCAUCUCCACUUGAACAAUCACCUUCCAACGUGCAAAAGGAAGGUGAUGGACAGAGUGAGAAUAAGAAGAUGAUGGACUGGGACGAUUGUGGCUACGAUAUUAUGGAUAAUGAUGAUGGAGCUGGUGGCAUUGACAAGCAUGACGACGAAGAGGAAGAGGAUUUAUGCGUAGCAUCAUUCUCACAUACCAUCAUUUGCCUCCAACACAUCAACGACCCACGCGCCGAGACAACCAGCAUCUCAUGUCCAAAUUACAAACAACAGCAUACUCACUAUGAUGGUGGAGGAUGUGACUGUAAGAUAGGAAGGGCUACUGUCUCUGAGGAUAGGGAAUGUGUCUACAAGCAGAGAAAUAGGGGCAAGAGUUUCAGCUUUGAGGAGAGGGACACUGAUCAUGGGGAGGGAAUUCGCUAUUUGCUGUGGAGAGGCGAUUUGGGCUAUGGUCCGAGGUGGAAAACGGAGGUUCGGAGGCUAAUUGAACGGGAAAGUGAAAUGAUUGCUGUGGAGAGCGGAAACAUGGAGAGGGAGAGACUGAGAUGGGUAGCGGUAAAGGAGGCGAUGGUAGCUGGGAUGGAUACGGGGGUUGACCAGGGAACUGAAGCAACAGCAGAAAGAAAGGGCGGAAUUGAGCGAGGUGGGAUAGCCGACGGUGCGAUAGAGAAUACGGGUGGCCUUGCCACAGAGGAGAUACGUGGCGUUCCAAAGCAGGAGAUGCUUAAUAUUAAGAUGGAAGACGAUGAGGAUAUAUCCAGUCUCCUUGCGAGAGUGGAGAUGGUUGGCACUGCGGAAGAUGAGAUCAUAGACGUCAAGGUGGAAGAUGAUAAGGACAUGCCCAAGACGAAGGACACUCUUUGGAGCCUACCUGCUAAUAGAACUGCAGCAGAGUGGCGUCAGGCUAUGGACGCCACUCGAAGUGACUGUCUCAGAGGAUUGAGCAUUAAGAAGACUAAAGGAGAGCGGAGGAGAUGGCAGCAGCUACGAAAUCAAGCUUUCACUAUGAUGAAACGAGGGGACAGCAGAGAUGUAAAUCAAAUUGUUUUGGAGUUGAAUGACGAAAAAUUUGAGAGACCGCCCCCCAGAGUCAGGAAGCGACAGGGGAAAAGAAAGGGGCACGGAAAUGACCGGAACAAGCUGUAG